CCAUCAGCUCCUCCCCCGCUCAGUUCCGGGAGAACCUCCAGAACCUGCUGCCCAUGCUGCCCAAUGCUGAUGACUACUUCCUCCUACGCUGGCUGCUAGCUCGAAACUUUGACCUGCAGAAAUCUGAGGACAUGCUCCGGAGGCACAUGGAGUUCCGGAAGCAACAAGACCUGGACAACAUCGUCACGUGGCAGCCCCCCGAGGUCAUCCAGCUGUAUGACUCGGGUGGUCUUUGUGGCUACGACUACGAAGGCUCCCCUGUGUACUUCUACAUCAUCGGGUCCCUCGACCCCAAGGGUCUCCUGCUGUCGGCCUCCAAGCAGGAUUUGAUCCGGAAGCGCAUCAAGGUCUGUGAGCUGCUUUUGCAUGAGUGUGAGCUGCAGACUCAGAAGCUGGGCAGGAAGAUCGAGAUGGCGCUGAUGGUGUUUGACAUGGAGGGGCUGAGCCUGAAGCACCUGUGGAAGCCAGCUGUGGAGGUCUACCAGCAGUUUUUUAGCAUCCUGGAAGCAAAUUAUCCUGAGACUUUGAAGAAUUUAAUUAUUAUUCGAGCCCCCAAACUGUUCCCCGUGGCCUUCAACUUGGUCAAGUCGUUCAUGAGUGAGGAGACACGCAGGAAGAUUGUGAUUCUGGGAGACAACUGGAAGCAGGAGCUGACAAAAUUCAUCAGCCCCGACCAGCUGCCCGUGGAGUUUGGAAGGACCAUGACUGAACCCGAUGGCAACCCCAAGUGCCUGACCAAGAUCAACUAUGGGGGUGAGGUGCCCAGGAGCUUCUACCUGUGCAAUCAGGUGAGGCUGCAGUAUGAGCACACGGUGUCCGUGGGCCGCGGCUCCUCCCUGCAGGUGGAGAACGAGAUCCUGUUCCCAGGCUGUGUGCUCAGGUGGCAGUUCGCAUCGGAUGGCGGGGACGUCGGCUUUGGGGUUUUCCUGAAGACCAAGAUAGGGGAGCGGCAGAAGACUAGGGAGAUGACGGAGGUGCUGCCCAGCCAGCGCUACAACGCCCACCUGGUGCCUGAAGAUGGGAGCCUCACCUGCCUCCAGGCUGGCGUCUAUAUACAGGGUUCAUGCUCCCUGAUCACCUCUCCAUCACCACAGAUGUCCUGCGCUUCGACAACACCUACAGCCGGAUGCAUGCCAAGAAGCUCAGCUACACUGUGGAGGUGCUGCUUCCCGACAAGGCCUCUGAGGAGACACUGCAGAGUCUCAAGGCGAUGAGGCCCUCCCCAACACAGUGAAGACCCCAGCCACCUCUGCCUGUGUGCUCCAACCCCUUCACACCCACUCCCCUGACCCCUGGCCUCCCAGGCAGGGUGGUGCUGAAGGUAGCUGCAGAGAGCCACUUGUCCCACGUCACCAUCUCAGCUCAUUGUGGGCUCGCCUGGCACAGUGACCAAGCAGGAAGGGGCCACCAGUGCAUAGGCCACACUGAAGAUUCAGACAGGAACCUCUUUCCCUGUUCCCAGAGAAUGGGGCCGAGAAUGAGAAUGCUGAAGAUGAUCCAGUCCACUGAGGAUGGGUCCUGCCUGCAGAAGCUGCCCUUUCAUCCAUCCCAACAAGAUCCAGUCACCCAGGACUCGCCCAUGCCUGGUGUUCCAGCUUCAGGGGGUGUGCGUGGAUCCCAGGCCUUGUGGGCAUCACAGCUUCAGGCUUGAAGAGAGAGAAGCCCUGUUCUAUGCAUGUAGGAGGUCAGCAGGAGUGGGCAGGCCUAGCUGGAGGCAGCUGGGUGAGGGUCCUGGUUCCAGCAGAGCACCGGGGCCCAUCCAAGCUUGUUUUGCCACCGCUGGAUGGAAAAUUGGAAAUGGACUGGGCGUGGCGGCUCAUGCCUAUAAUCCCAGCACUUUGGGAGGCCGAGGUGGGCAGAUCGCCUGAGGUCAGGAGUUCGAGACCAGCCUGGGGACAUGGUGAAACCCUGUCUCUACUAAAAAUACAAAAACUAGCCGAGCAUGGUGGGGUGCACCUGUAAUCCCAGCUACUCAGGAGGCUGCAGCGGGAGAAUCGUUUGCACCCAGGAGGCAGAGGUUGUAGUGAGCUGAGAUUGUGCCACUGCACUCCAGCCUGGGCGACAGAACCAGACUCCGUCUCUAAACAAACAAACAAACAAAGAAAAGAAAAUUGGAAAUGGAGAGGUGGGGCCGGCAUGGGUAACCAUCAGAGGACAAAGCCAUGCACAGCCUUCCAGUUGAGUGGGUAACGACUGAGUUUCCAGGGAAUUCCCAGUGACCUCCACUCCACACCUGCUGUGAUCCUGCCAACAUUUAGCUUUGGUUCUUUUGGCAGCUGCACCAUUCAUGGAUGCAUAGACGUAGAGUCUGAACAGGUGCUCUGCUGCUAGAAACGGCAAACCGUCUAAAUUAAACUCCUAAAGCCAGUGCCACGAGGCAUUCCUGUUCCAACUGGGUGUUUGAGCAGAUUGGCA